AUGUCGUCGUCAAACAUUAUAGUGGAAUCGUGCAAAGUUGAUUCCGAGGAAGGCGUGAAUCUUCACACCAGAAUCUUCAAACCCAGAGACGAAGGAGAUGGAAAUCGUCUGGUCAUAGUUUUGGUACACCCGUUCUCUCUCCUGGGUGGUUGUCAGGCUCUGCUCAGAGGCAUAGCUUCUGAGCUGGCCUGUAAGGGUUACACGGCUGUCACUUUCGAUACCAGAGGCGCCGGAAAGUCCACCGGAAGAGCUACUCUGACGGGAUUUGCCGAGGUCAAGGAUGUGAUCGCUGUUUGUCGGUGGCUUUCCCAGAAUCUCGGUGCUGAUAGGAUCCUGCUCGUGGGUUCUUCUGCCGGUGCACCAAUCGCAGGAUCAGCGGUGGAUCAAGUAGAGCAAGUGGUUGGAUAUGUGAGUUUGGGAUACCCAUUUGGCCUAAUGGCCUCGGUUCUCUUUGGGCGGCACCACAAGGCCAUUCUCUCGUCCCCUAAACCCAAACUCUUCGUCAUGGGAACACAAGACGGCUUCACUAGCGUUUGCCAGCUCAAGAAGAAGCUGAAAUCUGCAGCGGGACGCACUGAAACACACCUUAUUGAAGGCGUUAGCCAUUUCCAGAUGGAAGGACCUGACUAUGAUUCUCAGGUGACUGAUAUCAUAUGCAACUUUAUCUCGUCCAUGUAA